AUGCCAGGCAGCGUCUCGAUACCGCCUCACCUGAUCCAAUAUGUGGCCUCCCCGGCCAACACUGUCGAGUCGGCCUCGGAAGCGCUGGAGGAAUGGAUCAUUACGCGGCGGAGUAAAGGCGAUACCUUGUUUGAGGUUUCCGUCGGUCUUGCCGAGCUAGAAGAUAGAACACCUCCGCACUGCGGCGUCGCAUUCUCCCGCGCUCGAUAUAUCGCCAAUGUCCCCCCUCCCUCCGACCUCACACCGCCAAUGGGCCCGUUCCCCCUCUCUCGAUCAGCAUCGCCCGUCACUAUCCUCCACCACCUCCUUUCGCAGCCUCCGCCGAGCGUCGAGCACUCGCGCGAGGUCAUCCUCGAGUAUGUUCUCUCUCGAGAGGCAAAGCUUCGCGAUAAAAAGCCUGGACGGGGCGGAAAGGGGACGCUAGGCAGGGAGGGGUUUGAGGAUGUCGCCCGGAAGCUGGCGGAAAUUGAGGACGGGCUGAAGCUGCCUGGUAUCGACGCCAUGCAGCUCAGUACGAAUCGGCAGACGGGACUGGCGCUUAUCCUGUCGCUGAGAAUGUCGCUGUCGUACUUUACCUCGGUAGAGCUUGGGUUCCAGCUGUUGAAGCUUCAUACACCAGACGCGGAGCGGGUCAUCACGCAGCAUAUCCGGAAGAGGGUCGAGGGCGAGGGGCGGUAUGGAGUGGGUCAGGAAUUGGAACAGCUGGAAGAUAUGACGGUACGCCGAGCAGCACUUCGACCCGCUUUCCGCUCGGCCAGAGCGCGGACGACCCUACCGGAACGGCCGACCUACAGGAUCGCCCUCCCCGCUCCGUCCAAGUCUGGCUGCAUCAAGCUCAUCACCAGCUUUAUAAGGGACGUUGAUGCUGGCAUUCAGCCGUCCGUCGGUAUCGCCUCACCCGCAGGCGACAAGUCAUACUUUUCGACAGGCCCUUCCAGCGGAAGCCCCUCCACACCCUACACACCUCUCCCCCUCGGUACAUCAUCAAGGCGGCCACUAGCGGAUCCCAAUCCGAUCGCCAACUUUGUCUUUGAGCUAGUAUGCGAGUUCAUCACGCGCGAAAAGCGCGAGUACAUGCUCAAGUGCAAAUGGGCGAUCAAGGGGAGGGAAGCGCUCAGCAAGGAUCUGAGCGAGAUCGAGUCGGCGACAUGCCUCGGCAAGGGCGGUGCAUCACCGCACGCUGGCGAGCUCAUACCCAUCUUCCUCGUCCUGCGGAGGUCCCACAAUCUGCCCAAAUCCUCCCUCCCAAUCUCCAUCAUCGAGCCGUAUCUCGACCUCGUUCCCGCUCCGCCGGAUGAGGAUUCUAUCCCAUACCGCGAGCCAAGCGUGGCAAACACCACGGCCAAGCUGUACGUCAACCCGCGCCUCGACGACACGGCGGCGUACGAGGUACUGGAGGAGCUGCUAGAUAGCGAGAGGGAGCUGGUGGCUGAGAGCGAAGCGGAUGAUGCGAAAAAGGCGGAAUACUUGACGGAGCAAGUGGACCUGAUCCAGAAAAGGUUCCCGGACGGAUCAUACGAAGCUGUGUUCGCUCAGAUCAAAGGCUUGAUUGCCAAUCCCGUCACCGCUCAGGCCAUGCUCAAGCCGCCGCCGGUAGAAAGGCAGCCAUCCAUGCACCGCCGCGCCCUGUCAUCCGCCGCGUCCGGCAACCUCCAAAAAGACGCGCUCGAUACGGACCGCCUACCAGCUCCACAGAGCCUGGAACGGAGGCUAUCGCACAAUCGCUCGGCGAGCAUGCCGUCGCGGCAAUCCACGUUUGAUCCGCCGGCCCAAGCAAUCGAUCUCAACUCGGACUCGGAAGAGGAGAUGGCGCCUACUCCAUCAUCCGUGGCGAACCCCAAACCCAUCCUUCCCCCUCUAUCUACCAAUUCCGGACCCUAUGACAACCAGUAUCUUAGCCCUGGAGCCGUGUCGGGCGACCGCUCAAGCACUGGCAGCGCAGGGUGGUGGGACGUCAUCUCGGCGGUUGACAACGAUCAUCGGUCGUCACAACCCUGGCGCAGCCCCAGUACACCGGCGAGGCUUGAGCUAAGCUUACCGCCUGGCGCGGAAGCGGCUCGCGCCCCGGAACUGGCUUCGCCCCUGGACGAGAGCUUCAACAAACUUGACCUGGACUUUUCCGCUUCCCCUUCCUCCCCCGAACGGUCCCACUUUCCAAUGGCCGAAAGCUCGCCCGCUCGGCGCGCGAUGACACGCGCGGUUAGCAGCGCGCCUGGGUCGCCCGGUGGCGGCGGGAGUCCGAGGGCCGCCGCACCCGUCUACCGACCUCCUCCCGUACCCAUCAACUUUGAUCGGCCCAGCUUCCCCUCACCCACACUGCCCAGCUCGGCCCUACCCGCCUCCCCUCCAGAAAGGUCGCCCCCGGUCGUCAAAUCCAAGCUGGGAACGUUUGGUCGCUCCCUUUCCAUUGCAAGCAAGACGAUGCUCGCGAGGUCUAAAGAAAAGGAGCGGGAGAAGGAGGCGCUCAGGGAGGGGAGGGAGAAGCUGGAGGUGGAGCGCGAGGGGGACAAGGAGAAUGAAAAAGUGGCGGCGAUGCGGAGGGACAAGGUGAAUAAUAGCCCGGGAAGGUGGAACAAGGAUAUGGUGGCGAAUAUCAUGGGGCCGCCGGUGGACAGGAAGUAG